UUGUUCGCGCCGAUCGUGCGCGUCGCGCGCGAUGUGAUCGGGGUGAAGCGGUUCAACCAGAUUCGCGGCAAGGCGAUCGCGCUGCACUCGCAAGUCAUCGGCGACUUUUGCGAAGAGUUUGGAUGCGACACCAAGGUGAAACAAAACUUGAUUCGCACGGCAAAGAAGAAUGGUGGGAAGCUUGGGUUCUUGGCGUAG